GUCUCUGAAUUGCAAAGAGAUAAAGAUAUGUAUAUGAGAGAAAAGUGCAACACUUCAUCGGUGAAAGAAACUAUUGAUAAGGCUAGUAUCAACUGUCAAAGGAAAUUUCCCGAGGGCAUUUCAUCUUGCCAACUAUACUUAUCGUCACCGAAUUAUCGACUAGUUGGCAAGGGAAAAGUGCACAACACUUUGGGAGAUUUACUUCACCAUAGACCGCUCCCGGAUGGACACCUGAAAGUAUCGGUGGAUGUUGUAUUAGAUCAUGAUGCGAUGCUACCGGUACCUGACAUGGUCUCAGAGACGACAUUGCUGCGAGAUGCAAUAGGAUCAUUUGUUGCAUGGCCCUCGGAGCUCAUUACCAUUAGUGAUGAGACUGCUCCUAUAAAACCCGCAAUUAAGUGUAAAGGGAUUUUAUAG